ACCCGGUUCAACCCGGAAGUUAAACACUCGGCAGUCGUCCCGGUGUUUUCUUGUCUGUGCUUUAGUCUUUGAACAUCUGAGGGGUUUUAUCUUUACUUUACUUAUUUUUCCCCCCGUUAACGGGUCAAAUGUCCGCGCAGGGCGACUGUGAGUUCCUGGUGAAGCGCGCGCGCGAGCUCGUGCCACAGGACCCGUAUGCAGCGAAAGCCUGGCUGAUCACCGCGCGCACCCUCUACCCCACAGACUUCAACAUACAGUAUGAGAUGUACAGCAUCGAGCGCAACGCCGAGAGGACGGCCUCCGCCGGCAGGCUCCUGUACGACAUAUUCGUGAAUUUCCCUGAGCAGCCGGUGGUCUGGCGUGAGAUCGCAGUGAUCACUGCGGCGUUACGAAACGACAGCCAAGACAAACACGCACAGUUUCUCAAAGGUGUUUUUGAGACUCUUCCAGGUCCAGUUCAGUGUAAGAUGCUCUUGAAGGCCACAGAACAGUGUUUCAACACGCUGGAGAAAGCGGAGAUGCUGCUGCUGUUACUCAAGAGAUUCCCGGAGUCUGUCGUUCAGCAUGGAGUGAGCUUGGGAGAGUCCCUGUUAGAGGCGGAGACUGUCGAGGACCUGGACACGCCCGUCAACUGCUUCAGGAAGUUGUUUGUGUGUGACGUCCUGCCGCUGAUUCUGAAUAAUCCAGAAAUGUGUCUCCCCGUCAGUCUGCUGUAUAAGUACAUGCACAAAGCAGCCGAGUUUUAUAUUUGCUACGCCACAAAGGAGCCGUCGGCGGACGGACAGAUUCAGGGCUCACAGGAAGUGGGUGGUCUGAAGUCUCCGGGAAGGGGGCGGAGUCAGCGUGUUGUGAUUGACGGGCUGUCGGAGAAGUCGUCAGUGGUGACGGAGCCGUGGGAGCGCAUGCUGGAGAUGGUGCGUGUCGUCGGCUCGCUCUGUGAUUGGCAGGGAGAGAAAGGAAGCCGGUCGUACUCGGAGCUCCUGCAGCGUGUAACGGAGUUGUGUCGGUACAUGUCUGCUGCGGAUGGAGAAGGGUUCUCCCGCUGCUGUGGUCAGAUCGUGACCUGCUGCUCACUGGUGCUGUUUCACUGCGCGUUCCACUACGUCUCUGCCGUACAGCCGUCGCUCUUCCAGGGUUCUCUGAGCUCGAGUCCCUGGGUCCUGCUGGAGGAUCUGUCCAGUGUGUACACUGAUGUGGAAGUGGAGCGAAAGCACGCGCACAAGAAGCGCAAGCUGGCCGACGGACGAGAGAAAACCAUGAGCUCUGAUGAUGAGGACGUGUUGGCCAAAGGCAGAGGGCGGCACAUCGUGGUGAAUAACACAGAGAUGUCCAGUUGGGCCGAGACCUUGGAGCACUUCCGUACAGCCAGAGAGAGCUGGGAUCUUCUGCAUUCACACCAGAGCCUGGAGACAGAGUUCGCCAAGAUCUGCUCAGCGUGGAAAACUGAGAUGUGGUUGUGGUUUCGGAUUUUUCUCACAGAUAUGAUCAUUUAUCAGGGUCAGUACCGGAAGUCUCUGUCCAGUUUAGCUCUGAUGUCAUCACUGCAGAACCAGCAGAACCAGAACUCCUCAAACCUGGAGACGCACAGAGCGAUUAUACAGCAGGCCUCCUGUCACUACGCCCUGGGAGAGUACAGGAUGGCGUGUGAGAAGCUUCUAGAGGUGGUCGCUGGUCUGACACCCCAGAAUCAGGACGCAGUGAAGAGCAUCGAGGAGCAGCGCAAACCCCGGAGCAAAGCCAGGAAAGGUAAUGAUCUGAGGCUCGUCCCCUGCACCAGUAAAUCCAUCCUGCCCUUCUGUCUGCAGCUGAUGCUGGCGUGUUUCAAGCUGAGGGCUUUCACAGACAACAGAGAUGACCUCGCUCUUGGUCAUGUGAUCGUUCUCCUGCAACACGAUUGGCCACAGGGUGAGAAUCUCUUCCUGAAGGCGGUGGAUAAGAUCUGUCAGCAGGGCAGUUUCCAAUACGAGAACUUUUUCAACUAUGUCACCAAUAUUGACAUGUUAGAAGAGUUCGCUUACCUCCGUACAACAGAAGGUGGGCGUGUCCAGCUGGAGCUGCUGCCCAAUCAGGGGAUGCUUAUCAAGAACCCUAGCCCCGCCCUGGGGGCGGAGUUAAACACCCUGAUGCUUCCAGGGGCUCAGAAGGCUGACAGACAUCACACCGUAACUCGAGGAAUCACCAAAGGCGUGAAAGAGGAUUUCCGGCUGGCGAUGGAGCGUCAGGUGUCGCGGUGUGGAGAAAACCUGUUCACUGUGCUUCAUCGUUUCUGCAUUAAUGAAAAGAUCAUCCUCAUCCAGUCAUUACCCUGAGCGACUCGUGUGUAUCAGUUCUGCUU